GCCACGUUGUAUUUUAUUUUGUCGACUCCCCUCGCCCCCCUUUCCGCGUCGUUUUCUUGCAAACAACGGAGCGGAGAUCUUUUUUUUUUUAAAUAUUUUACAAAGUUAAUUUUUUUUUUUUUUUUAACCAAGUUAAAAAAUUUCUCUCCGCAUAGUUCGCUUUUAAUUUUGUCAAUUCAGUCAAUUCAAUCAAUUCAGUCAAUUUUGUUAACUUCGCUCAGUUUAAUUUAUUUCAUCUUAUUCAGUCCCGUUUUGCUCAUUUUAUUAACCGAAGAGGCUUUGCUUGCCCCUCCCAUCCUACGAGCAGAAUUAAUUUUUUAAACCCUUCCCCCGCUAGGCCCCCGAAUUCCUAUAAAAGGAGUCCAAUCCAAUCCAAACCCACUCCCAACAUUCCGCAAGUUUGUUAAAAAUGAUUGCCCGAGUUUUUUUCUUUUUCGUGUUCUUGUUGUUUUCCUCCGUGAGGACAUCGGACACCCCCAACAAUGAUGGAAUCGUUCACAUCAUCACGAAGAACAUCGACUUGAAACAGCUGCAGGGAACCUUCUACGAAAUCGCCACGAACGCUUCCGACAAGAUAUUCCCAGGGUUACUCUGCAGAUGCACGAAAUAUGAAUUUUCAGGCCUGAAGAGAGACGGCAACUUGGGAUACAUUUUGGUGAACUUCUCCUGCGACAGAAACUACCUGUUUGGAGAGCAGAAAUCCGAAAUGACUUUCAAAUUAAUUUUGAACAAGCCAAUUGAUGAAAAUACCACCACUGUUGAGGAAUUUAAUGCCAGCAUCUACCUAGUCGAGGGCAACCAACAGAUUUUACUAAACAGCAACGUUAACAUCGUUUAUGCCGAAGCUAAUGAGCAAAAUGAAUAUGAGCACAUUAUCAUCGCUGGACAGAAAUCCACCGAGCCAAUGAUCGUCAUGUCCAAAUACAGAACAAUCCUCCUCGAGACCUACAACAAGCUGUUGAAUUCUCUCUACUUGGCUGGAUACGAGCCAUCCCUCCUCAGCUGGCCAUUUAUCAUCCAGACCGACCAGACCUUCUGUGAUUGAGGGGCGGUUGGCGCGAGUGAGAAGCGUCCAGAAAGCUACCAAAAAAUGGAGGCGCGAAGGAGAGUGGGGCAAAACGCCGUGUAUAUUCCCACACCACACCGAAUGCGUAAGGUGAACGCGCGCCCGUUCCUUCCACGCCACUACCGACAAGAGUACAUCCCUGUGCGUGCGCGAUGACUGCCACAUAUGUAUAUCUUCACCCUUUUUGAAGGAGGUUUUAUAGGAAGCUUCUUAUAGGAAGUUUUUUUUUUUUUUUACCAAACCG